CCUGCGGGUGCUGCAUGCUAUAGUACGAGCGUGCUUGGUGUGACCAUGUACCAGGGAGUUGGAAUGGACUGACUCGUGACUCUCAUAAACAGCACUGACCAAGAAGAAAAGAGUACCAUACACUUUUAAUAGUAGCGGACCAGUGCUAGUCUGGACGGACGCGGUGCUAACUGUGCCCCAACUAAACUAAAGUCAAAUAUUGUUUUGAGUUGACUUUAACCUAACUGUUUAACACGCUGAAGCCAGCAGUUAUUACCAGCAUGCCCAUGUCGGCCUGAGCUGAACUCUGUGAGCUGAGUCCCAGUGUGAAAUCAACUGGCAGUGCAAGACUCCAAUAUGCAUCACUACAUCUGACCUGAAUACAAACAAAGAGCUAUAGUUCUUGUGCAUGAUUGAGGAAAACUCUUCGUAGUUAUUAGGUUAUUCUUGGCCUCUGUGUGUGUUGUGACAUUUUAGCACUUACCAGCUGGCCAGCCUCUCAAAAUUGACAAUGGGGGAGUACAAGGCCAUUCAAAAUGAUGAUAGAGAGGAAGCAGUGAUCAAGGAUGGAGCUGUGAAGCGGGGACUGUCAUGUUCACUUGUUGCUGUAUUCUUCAUUGCUAUUCUAACAAGCCUCAUCUUUCUGGUUAUCUGGGUCAUAGCAAAUCCUCCAGUGGUGAACCCUGCGCCAGUACCUUGCGAUGACCCUUGCGUUGUGAUACUGGCGGAAUCAAUGCCAUUGAACCUGACCUUCCCAGACGGGUCUCCGAGAUUUCAGUCAACUUAUGCCAUCUGGAAAGAGUUACUUGCCACUGCCAAAGAGACUAUUGAUAUAUCCUCUUAUUAUUGGACACUCAGGGGAAAAGAUAUAUUCAAUGAUACUUCAGACUUUGAGGGUGAGGAAAUCUUUAAGGAGUUGAUGGCAGCUGGUACAACACGGAACAUUAGCAUCCGUAUAGUUGAGAACAAACCAUCUCACUAUAUUGCAGACCUCGACACCAAGGAACUUGCAGCAAAAGGAGCUGCUCAGGUCCAGUCCCUUGACUUCAAUAAACUAAUGGGUGGAGGUAUCCUACAUACUAAGUUCUGGGUUGUGGAUAAGAAGCAUCUUUAUCUUGGAAGUGCCAAUAUGGACUACAGAGCAUUAACACAGGUGAAGGAGAUUGGUGUAGGGAUCUUUAAUUGUUCCUGCUUAGCGCAAGAUCUGGAUAAGCUCUUUGAAGUGUACUGGUAUUUGGGGAACCAGACAACUGUACCACCAAAGUGGCCCGAAGAGUUUGCCACAGUAUACAACUUGGAAACUCCAAUGCAACUAAAGCUGAAUGGGACUAAUGCUACAGCCUUUAUUGGGAGUUCACCACCAGCUUUCUGUCCAUCGGGACGUACUUCAGACAUUGAUGGCCUCCUCAAUGUUGUAGAGUCUGCCCAGAAAUUUGUGUACAUAGCUGUAAUGGACUACAUUCCAGAAAAAGAAUUUGCAAACCCUAUGGAAUACUGGAAUGUGAUUGAUGCCAAGCUGCGGGAGGUAGCAUUUAAUCAUCAUGUCAAUGUACGUGUCAUGGGAAGCAUAUGGAACCAUACAUCAUCUGAUAUGAUAGUCUUCCUUAGGUCAUUGGCAGAACUGGGUACAACAGGCAGAUUCAACAUACAAGCGAAACUUUUCUGUGUGCCAGCAUACACACCUGUAGAGCACGAAAUGCCAUACGCUAGAGUCAAUCACAACAAAUACAUGGUCACAGAUAAUGCAGCAUAUAUUGGUACAUCCAACUGGUCAGGCACUUACUUCACCUUGACUGGUGGUGCAAGCCUAGUGGUCAAUCAGACGUUGGCCCAAAUGGAGACCAAUGCUACCACCCUACAACACCAACUUGCCCAACUUUUUGAACGUGACUGGAAUUCCAUACAUGCAACACCUGUCCUCAGUAAUGUGAAAUGCAUGUAAAACAUUAUGUGAUGUUUAAGCGUACCAGGAGUUACAUGUAGAUCAGGUUUUUACACUAAAAUAGCAUCUGUUUUUGGUUACUAUUUUAACUGCGAAUAUUGAAGAAAAAAAUGUGUAAAUUGUAAACUUAAGAAAUAUAUUUUACUAAUAAAGAGAAGCACAGCUUCAAAAAUCGUUGCACUGCCAAAAUUAACUCUUUCCAAUAUGUAUUUUACACAAUGCAAAAUUGUCAAUUUCAGAUAGGUGAAUAGUUAAUUAGCAAUAAAUAAAAAAGCAUUUCAGAUAUCGAUAUGAAAUUUCAGAGGCUUAUUCUUUAUUAGAUACUCAAUUUGUAUGUCAAGUUUCAGAAUUUUAUAUUACUGUAUGGCUGAGAUCCUUGGCAAACUUGGUGCUUGGCGCUCAACAGAGAGUGCACAAAGUAAACCAGCAUUUUUAGGGUUAAAAAACCUUGCGAUUUAAAACUGUGAUUAUCUCCACAAGUUCUACCCUGAAGUCCAUCUUGGACACAAGUUGGCAGCUAAAGAUUAUCAAGAUCAACUGAGUUUUGCAUGUUCUGGCCGGAUUGAUUGUCUGUUCAUCUACAUGUCCAGUGUACAUCUAUCUUGCUCUUUCUAUAUUGUGAUAUCUCAAGAACCAUUUGAGGCAUGCAAUUCAAACUGGGUGCUUAUUGGGUAGUUGUAGACUACAACUGAAAACAAAAACUGUAAGAUUUCGGGUAAGAAGGUUAAAGGUCAUAGAGAUAAAUUUUCUUGGUGUUUUCAGCCUUGUUAUUGCAAUAUAUGGACAUAUCACUAAAUAUAGACAUAUAAUGUAGAAGUUUCAUUCUGUACAUCACCAGUCAGGGAACCACAUGAGUCCUGCAGUGGCACUAAUGGCCUUUAGCAAGACAUUAAUCUACAAUUGUCACCCUCCAUGCACAAAAGUGUAGUAAAUGAGGACCUGGUAGGAUUUUUAUUCUUUUAAUACUUUUAGCACCUUUAGCACAUUGAGGCAGCUGGGCUAAAGUGAGGAUAAUUAUUCUACUUCUUAGGUGCUUUGAGCAUCCUGAGGGUGGAUAUGUGUGCAAUAUAAAUGUAACUAUUAACAUUAGUUUUAUAAUGGGGAUAAACUGAUUAGAUUUUGGGAUUAUUUGGUCAAUGGUCACAGGACAAUUUAUGUUGAAUGGAAUUGAUGGUAUAAUGAAGGGCCCCCAAGUGAACUAGACCCAGAGUUUGGUUGCUAACAGACAGAUCUUCCUCUAUCAUGUGUUAGAUAGGAGCCCUGUAAAAUCUGCAUUCAAUCUAAAUUGUGAUUUUGAUUCUGAAAAUUACUUGGUAUGCUUGGAAGAAAAGCCCAGUUCCCGAGACUUGGAUCUCUUGGUUGAAAAAAUGUAAUAAACUCAUGGUGAUGAAGAACAAAGAAGAAACACAUGAUAAAUAAAUAAAGGCCUACAGCAGAUAUUAAAGAAUACAUAGGUAGCAGUGGGUGGUGUACAGUGAAUUGUAUGUAGUAUCCAUCCAGAUGGUGAAAGUUUACUGAUCAAGCUAACUGUAUUGACAUGAUAAAUUCAAAAUUAGAAAACAGUAUUUGAAAUGAAAUUUUGCAUAGGAAUUAAUAUGUGAUUAAGAAGUAGACUACUGCCCAUAUGAAAAGGAUGAUGUAGUGACAGCUGGUACAAAAUGGACCCAACUAUCCACACUUAUUUUUUUAACAUGGAGAAAUAUAACUUUGUGCACAAAAGAGCUUUAUAACAAUUACUGCCAAAGUGACAGAUGUUCUUCAUUAAUUCCUUUUCUAUGUCAUCUUGGGAAAGAAUACUUCACCCUUUGUAUUAUAGAAUCUCGGCCGGAUGGCCGAUUUGCAGAUUCUUUUACAAUCUAAUAAUAGAUACAUCAAUUAAAUGAUAAUAAUAGUAAAAAUGCUGUAUUUUUGACAAAUGACAUAAUCCAGGUCAUCCAAUGAAGGUUUAUCAUGGUAUGUAUAAUGAUAUAGCAUGUAUUCAGUCAUCCAAAGCUCAAACUUCCAAGAAUAUUACAGUGUAUGUUAACGAAAAAAGAAGAAAAAAAGAAAAAGAAAUCUGAUUGACCGACCCAUGUUCUGGCACCUGAAGGGCAAUACAACAUCUUUUUUUUAAGGCCUAAUAAACAAUAAAUACAUGUUCAGAUACAUACUAUUUGUUCAAAUGUCCAUGUUAUAAUACAUAUAUAGAUAUUUUGUUCUUUCCCCAGUUUACUACAAAAAGCAUAUAUGAAACACAGAUACCUAUAUUAUUAUGAUUAUAUAUAAUCCAAGAGUACUAUUAUAAUGAAAUAUAUUUGCAAUGCCCUAUAAUUUAUGUUUUCUGCGCAGAUGUGCGAAAGAUAAGAAAAAUAUAUAUGUAUUUUUGGUAAGUAGAACCAAGUCUUGUUUAAAUAUCAAAUGUUUAUUUUAUUUUGUCUGUUUUCUAAUAUACUAUGGACCUCAACAUGUUUAGCAGGCUUAGAAGGCAGGCUCCAUGGGUGUUCAUAUUAAUUUUAAUGGUAUUUUUUUUAUUGUACUUGACAUACGGGGAAAUAAUGUCCAAGUCGAAAGUUCCAUUCUUUUUGUAUUCUAAAUUGUAAUGUCUAUUAAAAAAAAUGUUACUAUAUUAUAUCGAGUCAAAUUUGAAAUAUUUUGUGGAUCUUAACAUGUCUAAGUUGGCCUGCAAGGCACUCAUAGGAUCAAUUUAAUAGGGAUUGCCCAGGUUCAAGUUGAAACGUUGAGUUGGAGGAUCUGAAGUAUAUGAUCAUUCUUUUCAUGCAUGUAUUCUGAGCUGAAACUCCCAAUGAACGGUUAUUCGUAAUGGGUCGUAAUCAUGGCCUAAAUAUCGGAUAUAAUAAAUAGUGUGGUGAACACUGACAUCAGCCUCA